AUGGAAAUGUCCGACGAAAAGGAACUAACCAUGAAAUCAGGAGCAGCAGCAACUGCAAUCACGGUAACCAUGAAAUCAUCUUCCACUGGUACAUCUCCACAAUCCAACUCUUGGACUAAACAGGACUACCUGAUGGUCUCACUGGCGGUAAUGAUAAAGAUCGGUGACGGUGUCGAGGCUUACCUCCCCGGAGUCAUCACGCAGAAAGUUUCGUUUGAACUCGGUAUAUCAGAUUUUCAAGAGGGAAUCCUAGCUGUGAUACUCUUUUUGUUCUGGUCAAUCGCAGUCUUGGUAUCACUCUGGACUUCAGAAAGAUUUGGGGAAAGAGUCACAUUGCUUUUGUCACUCUAUCUGUCCAUAGGGUUCGCUAUCCUGUGUGCGGUGGUUCCUAAUUAUUAUACCCUCCUUCUCUCACGAGCCUUAACCGGUAUCUGUAUUGGUUUGAACGAUGGUACUAUUGGCAUAUUCCUCGCCAAGCUCCUUUCCUCCAAAGAAGUACUUACCCAAAGUUCCUUUAUAGCAGAAGGUCUUGCUACUCCAGUCGGUGGAGCUUGGGUUUCAGUGCUCGGGUGGCUCCUUCUAGACCUCGUCAACUGGAGAGUUUUCGUUCUGCUCACUUCUAUCCCACUCUUUGUCCCUCCAAUCAUCAUGCUUCACUUUUGCAUCGUUGAAAAGCCGGAGAGAGGAGAAAGUGAGCCAGUUGAGGAGAUUAAUAUUGUUCCGACUGAAACUGCCAGCCUAGUCAGCACAGAACCACUGAGUCUCCUCAAUUUUACCAAUAGGGUCAUAAAAUCAAGUCUGUUUUUCUUCUCCAACCUUUGCGUUGGAUAUGGAUGUAUUAUUCUUCUUCCAUGGCUGAUGAGAAGUUACAAGAAACGUCUUUCUCUUGAAAAUGAGGAAAUAGUGCAAGGUAACGAUUUUCUAAUACUGGUGGCAGUGAAUGGUGCUAACGUGAUAGGGAGACUCAUAGGGUAUUUCCUGUGGAGUCGAGUAAAGUUCCUGAUCCUGCAAUUUACGGUCACAGCAACAAUAGCUUUGAGCUACGGUCUUAUUCUGGCAGAUCCGGGCCUGAUAGCUUCAGUGGUGCUGUUAGGGCUCGCAAAGUUUUGUUACUCUAUACAGGCUGUAGAGGUUGCUAUAUAUUAG